AUGACAUUUGAGCAAAGGUCUGAAGGAGCCUAUUUCGGUCGAUACUCCUUCUCCAAACCCAAUGGAAACAUCUCUGAUGUACUUCUUGCAGUGAAUGAUGCGGACACAGACGAUGGAGCCCAUCCUAACCUUGGCAGUGAGUAUGUGAAAGACAUCUAUGCUUGUCUGAGACAACUUGAGGAAGAGAUAACUGUGUGCGCACAAAAGAUGUUGCAGUUGGUUGGUGUCACUGGCAUGUUUAGUGCGAGCAAAUAUGAAAAAAUGUACCCUCCAGAAAUCAGAGACUUUGCCUUUGUGACUGACAACACUUACACAAAGCUCCAAAUCAGACAGAUGGAAAUGAAGAUUCUAGGAGCUUUACAUUUUAAUCUGGGUCACCCUCCAGCCCUGUGUUUCCUUCGGAGAGCAUCUGAGAUUGGAGAGGCUGAUACAGAGCAACAUACUUUGGCCCAAUAUCUGUUGGAACAAACUAUGUUGGACUACGAUAUGGUGCACUUUCCUCCUUCUCUGAUUGCAGCAGGAGCUUUUUGUUUAGCACUGAAAAUUCUCGGUAAUGGUGAAUGGACACCAACUCUACAGCAUUACCUGUCAGGCACUGAAGAAUCCCUUCUUCUUGUUAGGCAACACCUGGCUAAGAGCAUAGUCAUGGUGAAUCGUGGGCUUGCAAAGCACGUGACUAUCCAGAACGAGUAUGCCACUUCUCAGCACUCCAGGCAACUGAAUUCUGCACUAGUUCAAGAUCUAGCCAAGGCUGUGGCAAAGGUAUAA